CCCGUUUCUUUCAGAACUCCCUAGACAACAGUUUGUGAGCUAUUACUGUUGGCUUCAUAGAUAGUUUGACUGUAAGUUUAUUGAGGGUUUUGGCUGUUUUAAAUAUAAAAUUUAUACUAAAAUGCACUUGUAUUAUUUACUUAAACUUCUUAGCAUGAUUUGUAGGCCGGUAGGAGUACACGGACGGAUUUAACUGAAACACCAGUACUCUGAAACCAUAAAGACUCAAUAACUAGACCCCAAAUUGCCGUUUAAUAUUGCCUAGUUCAUGGACGGUAUACUCACCUAUAACUUCUCAGUGGAUGUGCCUCAACCGAACUGCAACAUUUCGUGCUGACGAGCUGAAGAAGGAGGAAUGGAGAAGCUGCUGUGAGAGCAGGAUAAAAUCAAUUCACACAGACACACCGGACCGAACAAUCAGAAUGCCAAGUCCAGAGUCAUGGCAAUGACUGAGUUGAGACACAGGAAGGAACAGACAUGCCAAGAACCCGAGAAAACUUUGAGAACAGAUUUGGAGGAUGAAAUGGGGUGUUCUUCUGAUCUACAACAUAAACUCGAAGGAGACCAGGCUGAGGAGGAGUGGAAGCAGUCAGGCUCUGAGGAUGGAGGAUUGACAAGCAAUGCAGUGGGACGGGAGGAGGUACAGGAGGAGAAAGAGGAAAUGGAUGAACCUAAGGCCUCUGCUGCGAAAAGAUCCAGAAGCUUAGGCAAGUCUGUUCUGCUCCAACACCUGGUGAAAUUGUUCUUUGGAUGCCUGGCAGCUGUGACCUGUGGCAUGAUGUAUGCUGUUUAUCUCUCCACAUACCACGAGAGGAAGUUCUGGUUCUCCAGCAGACAGGAGCUGGAACGUGAAAUUACCUUUCAGGGAGGUAAUGGGCUCUACUAUUAUUACUACAAAUACAUGCUGGCUGCCUCAUCCUUUGAAAAAGGGAUUAAUGACCUGAUGCGUGACAACAGGACCAUCUCUGCUCAGACCAUAAAUGCUGUGGAGCAGCUAUCCUUGUACCCUGAACUCAUCACUAGCUUUCUGUACAGAGUCACGGGCAGCCAGGAUAUGAUCGAGCCGGUGUAUUUCUACAUCGGAGUGGUGUUUGGCCUGCAAGCAUUGUAUGUAACGGCGCUCUUUGUGUCCAGCUGGGUGAUGAGUGGUACUUGGGUGGCGGGAAUGCUGGCCGUGGCCUGGUACAUUAUCAACAGGCCAGACACAACAAAAGUAGACUACGCAAUUCCACUGAGGGACAACUGGGCCCUGCCCUACUUCUCCUGUCAAGUUGCAGCCUUAACUGGGUUCCUUAGAAACAACAUUAGCUCCUCUGGUGAGAUGUUCUGCUAUCUCCUCCUGAGUGCUUCUACCUUCACCUUCAUCUUGAUCUGGGAGCACAGCCACUAUGUACUGUUUAUUCAGAGCCUGGCUCUCUUCCUGCUGGAUUGCUUUGACCUGGUGCAGCCUCGUAAGAUGGCAGAUAUCCACAAGGUCUACUUGUGUUCAAUCAUCCUGGCCUACAUGCUACAGUUCCAGAAUCCCAGCCUGCUCAGCUCUCCACUUCUCAGCCUCCUGGUUGGCUCCGUGCUUGCGAGGUACUUGCAGCAAAACAUGAAGGCUGGCCGCAUGGCUGCAAGACUGAUGAAGAUUGUGUUGCACUUCUACUUGGUCUUCACAAUUGGUAUUACAUUUAGCUAUAUCAUUAAGAAAACCAUUCCUGUCAAUGAAAGUGACCAUAUAUUAAAAUUUCUUGAAGUCAAGUUUGGACUUAAUUCCACAACGGACUUUGUGACAAACCUGCUGCUGUGCCAGGAGGGCUUCCAGAGUCCUGGGCAGGACUACUUCUUGCGCCUUACACAGGCUUCGGUGCUGCCCUUCUACCUCCUCGUUCUGUUGGUCUGUCUGCUUUCCACUCUGCAGGCUAUUCGCCGAAGGCUCAGUGGUGAGCCCAUAAAGGCCAAGCUGAGGCUGGAGGAUGGGAUGAUUGGAGAGCAGCCUGAGGUCAUUUACCAUGUGUUCCACACAUUACUAUUUGGGGCCCUGGCCAUGUUGUUUGUUGGGAUGAAAUACCUCUGGACACCUUAUGUCUGCAUGUUCACCGCAUUUGGUGUGUGCUCCCCUGAACUUUGGGUGACCGUGUUUAAAUGGCUGAAGCUGAAGUCUGUUCACCCCGUGGUGCUGGGUCUCAUAUUGAGCACAGCAGUUCCAACUAUAAUUGGGUUUAGCUUGUGGAGAGAGUACUUUCCCCGGCUGAUAUCAGAACUGUCCGAGCUGCAGGAGUUCUAUGAUCCCGACACAGUGGAGCUCAUGAACUGGAUCAAGACACAGGCCCCAACAGCAGCUGUGUUUGCUGGCAGUCCGCAGCUCAUGGGAGCUGUGAAGCUGUGCUCUGGCUGGACUGUAACCAGUCUGCCCCUCUACACUGACAUCAACCUGCUCAGGAGGAGUGAGAAUAUUUAUCAAGUCUAUGCAAUGAGGUCUGCAGAAGACAUCUACAAGAUCCUUAUGUCUUACAAGGCCAGCCAUGUGAUUAUUGAGGAGGCCAUCUGUGGUGAGAUGAACCCCUCAAAAGGGUGCAGGAUAAAGGACUUGCUGGACAUCUCCAACGGCCAUAUGUGAGGCUUGUACCAUUUCCUGCUCGUUUUCCACAGCAGGUGUACACUGAGGUAAUUUACGAGAAAGGAGAAAUGUACACCUUCUCAAAGUAUGGCAGGUUCUGUCAAGAGAUCAAGAUGAACUAUUCCCCUUACAUCAACUACUUCACCAGGGUCUUCUGGAACCGCUCUUAUCACAUCUAUAAAGUGAACACGGUGGUCUCCUUUCAGUACUGAGGGCAGCAGAACAUCCUGCCCAUGGGACAUUGCUGUUCUGUGUCUGUGUGUGAGGUGGUUUUUCUCACCACUGUUGUGAACCUACAUCUGCAGUGUAUUGAAUGAGAUGGGGGGAAUAUAUGGCAAAGCUGAACUCAGUAUUUAGUCUGUGGGUUUAAGGCUAUUGCGUAGUUACUGGUAGUUUGGUGAAUGUAGUUAACAUAUUCUUUGUUUGUGCGUGCGUGCGUGCGUGCGUGCGUGCGCGUGCGUGUCCGUAGCAAGUGCAACAAUCAGACUGGCCUAGUCUGUUAUGUUAAGGUUAUCACUGCAGAGUUCACUAUAUGAAUGCAUGGUCAUCACAAAUACAUUCUCUCAGUAACUACUUUUCUCAAGACUACAGGUAGUCCUCUUAACACUUCAGUACAGUAAACUGGUAUCAGUAUAUUAAUCAAGUAGCACUGGAACAUUAUGCUGUCCUAGAGGUUUCUGGAUCUUUUCCAUGAUGCAGGGAUAUUCAUAGCAAAAUAUGUCCAGUUUCCUAGUCACUGGAGAUAAGUAGAAAUCAUGUAAAAUCAGCCUCUGAAAGAACAGCAAGGUUUAUAUAAAUGAUUUCCAUCUUUCUCUGCUACUGCUUUGAUGUGGCUGACUACAUGCAGUGCAUGUGGCUACUUAUUACAGGUUUUAAGACUUGUUUGUGUUCAAUGGUUUGCUGUUUUGUGGUCCUGCAAGGCCUUUUCUUGAACCGUAAAUAGGGAAGGAGGAUGACCUGAGCUCACCCCAUGGCCUGAUUGGGUUCAGAAUGGCACUGCAGUCCUUGUCCGGAAUGCAGUUGCCCUUUGUGUUAUCUUCAGGUGUCAUAAUGGUGACAGUGGAGAUGAAAAUGGAAUGGCAGCAAAUUUGAAUGCAACUGUCUCCAUGCCAUAUGGGCAUUACAUUGCCGUCAGACCAUUUAUCUACUGGUGAGUUAUACGUUUGUAAUAGUUGUCUAACAUUUUUAGCAAACUGAUGUAUAAUUAUGGCGUUAGGUUCAUUACAACAGGUGCAGUCCUUGUUUUUUGGCAGGGGGGGUUGUCCCCAACCAAUCCCCCCCACCCCCC